GGUCCAAAAGUAUUGAUUAUCUUUGCCAUUUAUAGGCAUGCAAGGAUCUUGAAUAGCCCAUUGGCUCCUUAUCAGACCUGCGUUUAUAUCCUCUGGCAGGCGCACACGUGCUUGUAAGCGGAGCCCUCCUGUCCCGGCCAAUCACAGCUGCUUUGGUGAAAUUCUGGAGGGUGUCAGUCAGACCAAUAAAACCACGUGCUGUGCUGAAGACUGUGUACAUACUAUCCUCUGUAAUGGAAUACUGUGCAAAUGUUGAACCGGAGGAAUUUACAAUGCAUUGACUUGCCGAAUAGCUUGGAUGAAUUGAGGCUGGAGUCCUGAGCUCUUCUGUUGGGAGACAUCGCUCAUACUGGAGGGAGGAGCCUAAUGCCUCAGAAAUGUGAAACUAUCAGUUACUGCAACCCCACCCCUUACCGGGAACCACGGUUACGAGCCUCCAAUCCGCCAUCAGUCUGGAGGUUUACUACCAUGCUUCUCAAGCCAUACCCCAAACCACAAGAUAAGGAGAUACAUCGGGAAUCUGUGCACGAUGGAACAAGAGGCCUCCAUGUCGACCAGCAGGGAGUGUUUAGGAAAGAGUGGGGUGUUCGCCAGUCGUGUGGCCUCAUGGGCUCAUCUGGCAACGGUACAGCCAACCGGUGUCCCCUCAGUGUCAUCUCCACCAACACCCUCCGAUGUAGCACCAACAGUGGGAGCAAUGCGCCAUCUAGAGUUAGUGGAACCCGCAAGAGCAGAGCAUCCUCUGUCACAUUUACUACUUCUUUAGUUCUGCUCUCACCUUCAACUGGUUUGGAGAAUGAUGGAACACUUAGGAUCUACCAAGGAGAGGAUGCAGAGGGAUCUUUGGAUAUAUGGGCUGUCAUUAAACCUGGGAACACAAAAGAGAAAAUUGCCAUUUUUGCAGCUCAGAAGUGCGGCAAUACUUGCAAUAGUGUCAUUGACAACACCUCAACACCUCAAGAAACAGAAGCCAUUGCUCCAGAGCUGCGGACUGUCUCUGUGAAAAACAAAGGCUGCUGGGAUGGUGACUGGUCUGUGGCUAAGCGCAGGAGGAGGUCUGGAAACCCGGAAAAAUCAAAAAGUGUAGAACCUCCGUUACCAAAACCUGAAAUACAGAUAGUGUCUCAACAAGAGGCCCUCAAUGAGAACAUCAAUCCAUGCCAAGAAGUUGCAGAGGAUGCUGUCAGGAUGGACGGAGAAGAGGAUGAAAAGAUUCUCUCUGUGGUGGAGAUGGUGGCAUACUUGGAGCAAAGAGCAAGCGACCAGCAGGUUAGCUCCAAACCCCCUUCCUUAAGAAGCACCAGCAGCAUCACUUUGUCCAAAGUUGGAACCAUCCCUCAGCCUGCAGAGCAACAGUCCAAGGUUGCAGAACAGCUGGAGGACCAGGAGGAGGAGGAAAGUGAGUCUGUUCGAGUUCUGGAUAUGGUGGCCAAGUUGGAGUCUCAGUGCCUGAGCAGACAAAGCCUCCGGGAAGGUGGAGGAAACCUCUCUCGAAGCAACAGCUUACAGAGGAAGGUGGGGCGUGUGCUUCUAGCAGGGUCAGAACCUUACCUGCUGCCAUCUCAGCCAGUGUCGCCCUCUGUCCCUCAGGACUGUAGAGCUGAGAGUGUCCCACUGGAACUGGGUAGUGAUUUAGACAAGCUGCGUUACCCAUCUAAGACCCUUGAGGUGACAGAGACCUCGCAGUGUGGGCUUGAUAACUGCGCCCUCAAGGAGGAAGAAAGUUCUUGUAUUGCAAGACAGGGAACUAGCACAGCUGUUGAGAUGGUAAAUAACCUGCAGUCCUCGCCAAAGGAUGCCAGCUCAGAGUGCAAUGAGGAGCCGCUACCAGGCAUGUUGUUUUUUGCCAAAUCUUCUCAGCCUCUAAAGGAGCAAAUCUUAUCAAAGAGCAAAUCUCAGAACAAAGAGCCUUCUCACAUCGAGGAUUUUGAGCCUUCUGUGGACACUUCAGUGUCUUUCAGAGAGGAGAGCAGAGAUGGACUUGUGGGUGAGCAAAAUCAUCAAAACUUUGAGGAGACAAAGGGAGUAGAGACUUGCGUAGUUAAUCAGGAGCCUGUGCCUUUUCCAUUACGCCGCCUAGUGUCUCAUGAAUUCCUAGAAGCUCGCUUCAAGAUUCAGCUACUUUUGGAGCCUCAGCAGUACAUGGCUUUCCUGCCUCACCACAUCAUUGUAAAAAUCUUCUGCUUGUUGCCUACUGAGAGCCUGGCUGCCCUCAAGUGCACCUGCCAUUACUUUAAAUUUAUCAUUGAGAGUUAUGGCGUACGGCCAGCAGACUCUCGUUGGGUUAGUGAUCCACGCUACAAAGACGAUCCCUGCAAGCAGUGCAAGAAGCGUUACGACCGUGGUGAUGUUUCGCUCUGCCGUUGGCAUCAUAAGCCCUACUGCCAGGCACUACCAUAUGGCCCAGGCUACUGGAUGUGCUGCCGCAAAUCUCACAAAGACUCACCUGGAUGCAACGUGGGAGUUCAUGACAACCGCUGGGUCCCUGCCUUUCAUAGCAUCAACAUGCCAAUUUACAAGAAAAACAGGGACACUGAAGAGGACUCAUAGUUUGCCAGAAAUUCACAUGCAGUGUGCGUUUAUGUAAGAGUGACUAGUUUGAAUUGGCUAUGUGUUUUCUGUGCCUGCGGGUUGCCAAUGAGCAUGUGCGCUUUUGAUGUAUAGUGCUUACAACCAGGUUGCUGAAACUAAUAAGAAAUUGCUGGGUCUCUGUACUUUUACUCUGCCAACCAAUCAGCAGUUCUCCUGUCGAAAUCCCUCCUCAGGUCUUUAAUGUUGGUCUGCACUUUAACCUUUUAAGAUUGAAUUUUGCAGAGUUCUAUCUGGGUACUGCUUGAUGAUUUUUACUUCGAGUAAGCAUUAAUGACUAACUUAUUUUCUCAAUCCACCCACCAUUCUUUUUCUGUUCUUCAUGACACACCCUGGCACUUCCUGCACUGAUGUUGACCUAGCCUUGCAAUAUUAAACAAUUUUUGAGAAUUCAUUCUGUUUAUCUCCCUGUGUACUUGCAAACAUGAACUCUUGGCCAGUAGGGUUAUUGAGUUAAUGAUAUUUGCUCCAUUUCCCCAUCUUCCGUUAUCAUCUCUUAUAAGUUCUGGGAUAUAAGUUGGCGCAAUGGCUUCACGACUUGAUGGGAUUGACUUUUUGAGAUUGUUUUGAGCCCAGAUGUUUACAUUGUACAUAGCACAGAAUCCUAUAUAUCAUAACGGUGAUGAAUGAUGGCACGAGUGUGACAAAAUGCAUUUAAUCUUAAUAUGGGGUAAAACGCCUUGUACUUUUUAUGAUAUCUA